AGAUGGCUAUCAUCAUAGCCAACUUCGCGCGGCGUCGACACCACAACCCGUCCAUUUUCCAGCGGACGUUCAGAGGAGACACAACCACUCACUCGGCUUGCUAAAAAUAUAACAAAAUUUGAAAAAAAGAACCGUGCAUCCAUUGACCAAAAGUAUUAAAUAAUAAUGAAAAAUCUGACCAAAAAUUUUGCACGCGCGGAGAAGGCGGAAGAGGUUGUCACCUACGGCAGUCUGGAUCCCUCUGUUCAAGAACUUUUGUCAGCUGCUUUUGAAGUGCGUCAGCGGGCCUAUGUGCCAUACAGUGGGUUCAAAGUGGGUGCUGCUUUCCGGAGCAAAGUAAGUGGACAGAUCUUCACCGGGUGUAAUGUGGAGAACGCGGCCUUUACACCAUGCUCAUGUGCGGAGCGGACGGCUCUUGCUAAAGCCGUGAGCGAGGGAACCACCGAAUUUUCUGUAGGAGCUGUUUUGGCCUACGAACCCGAUGUUUUUACCACUCCCUGUGGUGUUUGCCGCCAGUUUAUUCGGGAGUUUGCCACCGAUGACAUACCCAUAUAUGUAGCCCAGGCCAUCGAUGCGAGGAUAACAGCGAAGGAGGAACCUUUCCAGAAUGAGGAUCCUGUCCUGUGCACCUCAAUCUUCAAUCUGUUGCCGAGCAGUUUUCGCACCUAUCGGAAGUAAUGCCACUGGAUAGAAGAAUCGCGGAGAGAGAAAGGAGGUAGUUCAAGGUUGCUCCACAACCUCUUGUCAAUAGUAAUCUAUAUCAUUUUAAUCUAAUCACUUGAAAUAAAAAAAAAUUACACUUCUUAACAAA